GUCUCUUUUGGUUUUAGUUGUGAAUGUCCUUAAAUCUGUAUGUUUGUCAGUUUUUUAUAAAAUAGUACUAUCAUAUUACACACACAUGUCAGGGAUUGAUGUUUUAUCACAUUCCCGUAGUACUAUCUUUAACACUAAGAAAUGUUAAGUUUUACAUAUAUCUUUGUUAUGGUUUCAUCAGGCUUUUAGACGGAGAAUUGCAAAGCAAACUGCAUCAUUAUGUAUACAAUAGAUAGACAUUUUUGAUACAUUUCUAAUUGACAGCAGCACAUUCCAGCCUCAACUGUGUGCUCAAGAUGCCGGAAAUAUCUAAGGAUGAAUCUGGUGAAACAAGAAAGAUAAGGAAGCGAGAUCGAAAGAAGAAUUGUGGACUUGAGGAAGGCCUGGCUAAUUGCUACCUCACUGUCCCAAAUGAAGAGGAGGAAUUGUGGGAGAACUGUAAUGAUGGUGAUGAGGAAGAAAAGGAAAAUGAAUUGAGCCUGAAAGUAGACAAGAAGACAGAUAAAAGGAUGGAAAAAGAUGAAGAUGAGGACAUCAAAGAACAGGUGUUGAAGGAAAAGAGGAAAAAGAAGAAUAAGGUUAGAAAGAGGGAAGAUGAUGAUAAUGGGAGGGACGAAGAGGAGGAUGCAGAGGGACAAGAAGAAGAAGCUGAUGAUGAGGUGCAAGAGAUAAAGAAGGUUGUGAGGAGUUCUGGUUCGGGGAUUAUGAGCACCGAGUCAUUUGCAACUAUGGGCCUCUCAGAGCUAACUAUGAAAUCUAUUAAUGAGAUGAGGUAACAAAUGAAGGACUCAAACUGGGGUACUGUGUCAUUCCUAGUGCCAAGCGGUUCAUCCUUCUGUACUCUUUUCUGAAGAAAAACCUUUCAAAGAAAUUAAUGGUUUUCUUCUCUUCGUGCAACUCCGUAAAGUUCCACUCUGAACUUCUUCGGUACAUUCAUAUUGAUUGCUUAGAUAUUCAUGGAAAGCAAAAACAGCAAAAGCAGACCUCUACCUUCUUUGAUUUCUGCAAAGCCGAAAAAGGCAUUUUGUUAGGACUGGAUUAUACAAUAUGACCCCCCAGAUGAGCCCAAGGUACAGAGAUAUUUAUUCAAUUGUCAUUACCCUCCUGUCGUCUAAAAGAGUCACGUUUCUACAACCAAAAUUGUCCAAAGAGUACUAUUUCUAAUGCGAGUAUCAUGUACUCCGUCUGGUUUAAUACAGUUGUACCUUGUUCGGGGUGGAGGGAGCAUAAGUUUUGAAAGUCAAUGUAAUGUGAUAUAUGUGUAUAUUCUUCCAGGAGUAUAUUCACAGAGUUGUAAGGGAACGACAUACUCUUCCUCAUUCAGGAGGAGAUGAAUUUUCUUUUAUAUCUCAAGGUCUGUGUUAUGUAGUACUAAGUCUAAGUAUUCAGUUAAAAGCAAAUGAGCUAUCUUGUAGAUAUAUGGCUGAGGACAAGAUGGAAAUUCUUUCUAGCAUUUCUAAACAAGUAAAUUCGACAAAUAGGAAAACUUGCCCAGUUGCCCCUCCUACACCCUUGCGGUGGGAUCCUACCCCCGGUUCCCUCAACUUGCAAGGAUGACAGUGUGCAUCGGGCUGCCAUUUUUUACACAAUUUUAAUUGCAGUCGUAAAAGCUUCAUUCUCAUGUAUUAGGUCAGAGAUUCAAAUUGUGAGAACAACUUUCUAAUAUAUAGACGUCUACGUAUUGUUUGAAUUGACUUUGUAUUUAUGCAUAUUGAGUGAAUUCCCUCCCUUCGUGUCCUAAUUCAUAUCUAUUUCCAAGAAAUCUAAUCAUGACCACCAAAUACUUCCAAACAAGGACUUAAGGUGGCAAAAGCCCCUGUAAAACAGUAUGAAUUUGAUGACAGAAAGCUGGCUAGUGUGCAGUCUCACCUGGAAAAAUUGGUCUCUAAUAAUUAUUACCUGAAUAAAUCCGCUAAAGAGGCUUACAGAUCUUACAUAUUGGCUUAUAAUUUGCACUCCAUGAAGGAUAUUUUUAAUGUUCAUCAUCUUGAUUUGCAGGCGGUUGCGACAUCUUUCUGUUUUUCAUCUCCUCCGAAAAUAAAUAUAAAUAUAGACAGCAAUGCGGCCAAGUGUCGGAAGAAGCACAAAGGAGAAGGCAGGCGUAAUGGGGUUCAGUGAGAGCAGACCAAUUUCUAGUAUACUUGUGAGUUAGGGAAGUCUGCAAAGGGCUUUCUCACUUUGUCUGACAGGAGGGGAUUUCCUUGUUUACCAUGCAAUUUUGUUCUAACCUUAUUUACUUGCUGCUUUGAAUGAGAUUAAUUUAAAAACUGCAGUUUUGGAUUAUUAUUAUUGUGGUUGAUAUUAUUAAUUUUUAAAUUCUUAUACAAUUGACAUUUUGG